AAUAAAUUAAGUCUGGGGUGGAGGUGAAGAGGCGUGCCAAUAAUCCACGACUUUGGACCAAAGCAGCGCGUCUCAGAGAACACAUGGCAUCGCAUCGGAUCCAUUACGCAGCGUUAAGGAGCCGCUGCGAGAGAAAAGGGAAGCUCUGAGCUGCCACUAGUGGGGCCCCCAUCCUGCAACUGGAAGAUUCAUCUUAAAGUCCGGGCGGAUAGUUUCAUCUUGUCGGGAUGCAGGGCCUGAGCUCCCGGGCUCACGCCUUCUCUGUGGAGGCGCUUGUGGGGAAACCCUACAAGCGGAUGAAAGUGUCCGAGAUGCAGGAAUCAAGUUCAGCUGCAGAUACUGGAAUCUUUCACGGCCAGGCUGAACACACCGCCAGUCAGAUGACUGCCGCCGGGUCAUCACCGUGGAGGCCUGCAGAAAAGCCCGGUCAGCAGCCGGCAGAGAGCGGGACAGAGGAGUCAGAGAGAGGGGUCCAGGCGGAGCUGCAGGGCUCCGAGCUGUGGAAGAGAUUCUAUGAAAUUGGAACAGAAAUGAUCAUCACUAAAGCUGGCAGAAGAAUGUUCCCGUCUGUUCGCGUCAAAGUGCGCAAUCUGGAGCCCUGCCAGCAGUAUUACGUGGCGAUGGACGUCAUGCCGGUGGACUCCAAACGCUACAGGUAUGUGUACCACAGCUCUCAGUGGAUGGUGGCUGGAAACACGGACCACUCGUGCAUCUCUCCUCGCCUCUAUGUGCAUCCGGAUUCCCCCUCCUCAGGAGAGACGUGGAUGCGACAGGUGAUCAGCUUUGACCGGGUCAAGCUCACCAACAAUGAGAUGGAUGAUAAAGGACAUAUCAUCCUUCAGUCGAUGCAUAAAUACAAGCCUCGUGUUCACAUCAUCCGGUACGACGCUCGCAUGGACGCCUCGCAGAUCCAGGCUCUGCCAGCCGAAGGGGUUCACACCUUCUCCUUCCCAGAGACCGAGUUCACCACAGUCACAGCAUACCAGAAUCAGCAGAUCACCAAGCUGAAGAUCGACAGGAACCCGUUUGCUAAAGGCUUCAGGGAUCCUGGACGGAACAGAGGGGUUCUGGACGGCCUGCUGGAGUCUUAUCCCUGGAGAGGCCCCUUGAACUUGGACCUUAAGCCUUUCUCCAUACAGCUUCAAGGAAGCUCGCCGUCACCGAGCAGCGGGGUCAAGAACUAUCUGCCGCUCUCGUCAUCUUCAGCUCUUCUUCCGCUCUCCUGCCCAGACUCCGCUCUCCACGCUCUCACUCUGCCCCUCUUCGGAAAGACGUCCACCGACUCGCCCUCUGUUUCUACGCUGCCUAGCAGAGUCUUGUCCUCCCUGGGAGCAGACAGACUGAGAAAUAUUCCUUCUGUUCCCCCAUUAGCAGAUCUGCCGUUUUUCUCUGCGCUGCAGGGGAAGAAAGCCCUGAACUGCAGGGAUCAGUGUCUGCACAGGUCUCCUGGGAGCUCUUCAUGCCUUAUCCAACUCCACACCCCACUGAGCCCCCAGCGGUCCUCUUUACCACCUCAUCUUGCUGAUACUAUGGCUCCCUACUGUCUUUACGGCUACAGCUUUCCUCUGAGCCCCCGACUCACGGCUCUUUCUAGAGACGGCAAACUGAGCGAAAACACAGACUAUCUGCUCUGGCAUCCUGCGUGGCAGCAGACCUCCAACCACUGCCUCUGACAGCUGCACAGAUACCGGCCCAAAAAGAAAACCAGCCAAAAGUUAACAGAAAGAGGAACAAUUCUGCUUCAAGCACGACUGAAUGGAAAAAAAAUGUGACCCAUAUUUAAGAAGUGAUUAACUUUCUGUGUUCCAAGCACAAAAACUGAUCUGGAAGCUGGUUAAUGAGCCAAAACAUCCAAACUUUGAAUAAAUAUGCAAACCUUUUUGUUCAGGAUGGAUGCCGAUUGCUUUUUUAAAUAAAGAUUAGUGCUUUAAA